UCAGCCUUACACUACCAAAAAGUUUGGACACACUUUCUCAUUCAGUAGCAUGAGGAAGUCUGUCCAAACUUUUGUUUCAUGUCAGAUCCACGUCAGUGUGAUGCAACAAUGUAAAGUGUAGAAAACAGAAGGGGGCAAAGGACAAAGCCUUGUAGCACACCUUGGUGCUAGUGUGAAUGAUAACAAUUUUUUUCAGUGGAAAUAGACACUAGAGUGUUGCUUUCCUGGGUCUAGACCAGGUUCCCCUUGCUUUCUUACAGAACUGUAGCGCUCGCAAAGGAAUAGAGGGAGAUAGAGACCGAGCGAGGGGGAGGAGGCACAGAGAUGAUAGACACAGUGAGGGAGUCAUGCAUGUAGAAAGAGGGGGGAAGCUUAAGACACUUGAGGCAAAGAUUCCACCAGAGCGAGGAGACACUUCCUUCCCUGGUGUGUUGAAUCCAGACAGGCGGCGCUCUGUCUAAAACUCAAAAGUGGACAUCAGAGUGACAGAGUGUGGAGGUGGGAGGAGGGUGGACAGAUGGAUGAGGAGGAACGGCAGCAAGCUGACAUUAACUCAUUUAACAUUUGUCUGUUUAAUAAGCUCCACUGAAGCAAAGACCACACUGUUUCUAUGGCGACAUCUCACUGCUUGACGAGGACCAUGGAUGUAAACAAAUGCCUCUGCUUACUUCUCUUCACUCUCUGUACUCGAGCAACUCUCUUUAUGGCCGAAAAUCAUCCGAGCCAGAGAGAUAUGUGUUGCUAUGCUGGACUGCGGGCCCAUGCCGAGGAGAAGCUGCUCCAGGAUCUGUUUGUGCGGUACAACAAGCUUUCCAGGCCAGUGGAAAACUCUUCAGACACAGUUCUGGUCCACUUUGGACUCUCCAUCGCUCAGCUCAUAGAUGUGGAUGAGAAGAACCAGAUGAUGACCACAAACGUCUGGGUCAAGCAGGAAUGGAACGAUUACAAGCUGCGCUGGAACCCGGAGGAAUACGAUAAUGUCACCUCCAUCCGCAUUCCCUCAGAGAUCAUAUGGAGGCCCGACAUUGUCCUCUACAACAACGCUGAUGGUGACUUUGCAGUGACCCACCUCACCAAGGCUCACCUGUUCCACGAUGGGCGCAUCAAGUGGAUGCCUCCAGCCAUUUACAAGUCCUCGUGCAGCAUCGACGUCACCUUUUUCCCCUUCGACCAACAGAGCUGCAAGAUGAAGUUCGGCUCGUGGACGUACGACCGAGCCAAGAUCGACCUGAUCAGCAUGGCCAGUGACGUGGAUCAGAUGGACUACUGGGAGAGCGGCGAGUGGGUGAUCGUGAACGCGGUGGGCAAGUACAACACCAAGAAGUAUGAGUGCUGCACGGAGAUCUACGCGGACAUCACAUACUACUUCAUCAUCCGAAGGCUGCCGCUCUUCUACACCAUCAAUCUGAUCAUCCCCUGCCUGCUUAUCUCCUGUUUGACCGUGCUGGUGUUUUAUUUGCCAUCGCAGUGUGGCGAGAAGAUCACCUUGUGCAUUUCGGUUUUGCUCUCCCUCACAGUUUUUCUAUUGUUGAUUACAGAGAUCAUCCCGUCCACGUCGCUGGUGAUUCCGCUCAUUGGAGAAUACCUGCUUUUCACCAUGGUCUUUGUCACACUGUCCAUCAUUAUCACUGUUUUUGUUUUGAACGUACACCACAGGUCGCCACAAACCCACGGAAUGCCUCAUUGGGUGCGAAGGGUCUUUUUGGACAUGGUGCCCCGGGUCCUGUUCAUGAAGAGACCACCCGGUACGGCCAAGCAGCACUGCAAGAAGCUCAUUGAAAUGAUGCACCGUCCCACCAGUAUAUCAGCGACGGGCAACUCCCAAACCUUCUGGAUGGGUGUAGAGAUGGGGUUCACUCAUAUUAGGCAAGCGGAGAAAAGCCUGCCGAAGACUCCAUCCGACAGCCCAAAUAUCCACAUCUGUUCUCCUUCUCCCCCCUCCUCCCCUCUCCAGAAAAAAACCCCAAUUAAAGCAAACAUCUUUUCCCAGUCGCCCACCAAACAGUGUUCCAGUCUCCAACGAGUACACAACUUGUCUUCUUCUCAGUUGUCCUUACCCCCAACGUUGCCUCUAGGGCCCCUUCGCGGCCUCUCCAAGGAAGACGCCAACACACUCUCCCCGAACGGACGCUCCCACAGCACAGAGCAAAUGAGCGACCACCAGAGGGAGUUUCCUCUGAAGGCAGAGCAGCGAUGUCGAUCGGGAAGCUUCCGCUACUGCUGCCUUCACAACGAAGGGCCAGAGAAAGGGACGGGGUCUGUAGACCAAACAAAGCAACAAACGCAGACAAACUGCCUCAAGGCAGAGUCCACGAAACAAGCAAGGAGCCAACAAGAGUUGGUGAUUCCAUCCAUCUCCCCGGCUGUACAACGGGCCAUUGAGGGAGUUCAGUACAUCGCCGAUCACCUCAGGGCGGAGGACGAUGACUUCUCAGUGAAAGAAGACUGGAAGUAUGUCGCGAUGGUGAUCGACAGGAUAUUCCUCUGGAUGUUUGUACUGGUGUGUAUACUGGGAUCAGUGGGACUUUUUCUUCCACCUUGGCUGGCUGGAAUGAUCUAAAAACUAUUUCAAAGACUAUUUAACCUGUUUUUUCAUCAGUCAAAGGAAUUCUAUUGUUUAUUUAUUGAUUCUCAUAAAGGUUAUAAACAAGAUAAAAUGUCUAUCAUUGAUUACAGGAAGUGCAUAAAUAUUUUAUGAGUGAGACCUUCCCGCUAAUAUUUCCAUUUGACAUUCUAACACCUUUGUAUGUGGGAUGCAAACCUCCCCGCCAAGGCUUGAAUUAGCCUAACUUGGAUAUACAUAGCAUCAUCUUGAAAAUUUUUCAUGAGGUUUAGUGCAUUACUCAGUGGGACAUUAAAGAAAAUGGCCAAAAUAAGCAUAAAUGAUUGUUUGACAUGAUAAUUUGUGUAAUUAAUUGUCAAUGAAUUGUGUCUUGAAGAGAAUUAUGUCAAAUGGAUUCGCUACUUGGAUGCAACCAGCAGAGGCACUGUUGUUAUCAGUCUUAACUAAAGACGAAAAGUGCAUGCAAGCAAGACUUCACAACAUUCAGAUUAUCCAAUUCUCCAAACAGUCUAGCAAGAAAUAAUCUAAUAAUAUAAUAAUAAAUUACAAUAGGGCCUUCACAUGACCGAUGAGUGCUCGGUCUCUAAAAAAUAUAAUAAGGAAACAAAUAAAAAGUAAUGACAAUUUAAUUAAAUCAAUUCUCUUUAGAGUCAAAAAUAUCCAUCGCUACUGCAAUGGUAACAAAAGUGGGGGCAAAAUGAAGUUUUAUUUUAUUAAAUCUGCACCAAAAUUUGGAAAAAACAGAAAAGAAACAUCAAAGAAAAAUGUGAAAAAUUUUACGUUCCUGUGACUUUCAUUGAAAGCUAUCAGGUAGUUAAUCCCGCAAAAAUCCGCCAAAAAGCCCGUAAACAAAUAAUACACAGUAACAAACUUAGUGUUGGGUGGUAAAAUAAUAAUAAUAAUAUUAAUUUAUUAAUAUUUUAAUAAUAAUGCUAUCAACUCCCGGAAAUAAAGUUUGGUUUUGACAGUGCUCCCACUACAAAGCCAUUAAACAUCAAAACAGCUUUGUGCACUCUGGUCAUUCAAUAAAAGUGUUGAAAUGUGUGUGCGUGUGUUUGCCUGUGUAUGUGUGUAUUGAUUUUUGCCCGUUUUGUCCCCUUACACCGUUUACGAGAGCACUCAUGCAGAUCCCCCUUGUUAGCGCUUGACUUAACACAUUUAUUCAAUAUUUGUUCGAUCUUUCUCAUUUGACCUAUCACAGACCUUGUGAUCGGUCAGUGGUCCAAUGUCGAUGAUGUGAUGAAAUAAAGCAUGGAUGACUUUUUUUCCUACUCCUGCUAUGCUUGAGUUAUGUUAUGCUUCAAGUGUUUAACAUUUACAAUAUGACGAAA